AUGACUGGAGAGUCAGAGGCAGGUGGGGAGUUGGAGGAGGGUGGAAGGAACGGGGAGGAGGAGGAGCAUGCAGGGGAGCAGGCUGAGGAGCAGGCAGCAGCAGAGGUGCCUGUUGUUGCUUCGGAUCAACCCAAUCAACGGCUCACAGCGCAUCUGGACUUGAGUGAGGUGAAGCGGCAGCUGCAACGGUCGAAUGAACGGACAGCAGAGCACCUGAAGCACCUGAGAAAUCGCCUGCAUGCGUCGAACGAGUGGACUGCGAAGCACCUGAAGAAAUCGAACCAACAGACCAGGGAGAACCUGAAGCACCUGAAAACUCACCUGGAAACCCACCUGCACGCGUCCAACGAGUGGACGCUUAGCCACCUGAGGAAGGGGCACCAGUGGACGUCUCAGCACCUGAGAGAAUCAAAUCAACGGACCAUGGAGCAUCUGAAGGCGUCGAAUCAACGGACACGAGAGCAGCUGCAGCAUCUGGUUCAUGCCGAGCACCUGGAAAUCAACCUGAAGCACCUGGAGGGGCACCUGGACGUGGGGGCGCUCAAAGCGAGAUUGGAGGCGUCUAACACCAAAACAAAGGAGAGUUUGAAGCGGUCAGGCAGGCAGGCGUCUCACACGGUGCAUGGCGUGGCUGACGUGCUCUCUGUCAUCAGCGCCGCUGCUGCAGCUGCCACUGCUGGUGGUGCUUCUGAAGCUACUUCUAGCUCUGCUUCAGGCUCCGCGGCUUCUCCUCCUCCUCUUCCUCCUCCUCCUCCUCCCCGUGCUGAGUCUCCUGGUCCUGGUACUCUGAAGGGGGGUGCAGCAGGAGGUUCAGAUGGUGGAGAUGUCUCCAAGACUGCGAGCAGUGCGAGCAGCAGUGUGAACAACGGAAGCACUGCGGCGAAGAGCCCUCCUGCGCGCAAUCCGUAUCUGAGUGGCAACUUCCGUCCAGUGGGCACCGAGGUGCUGCAGGAGCUGGACUGCGCUGUGAUUGGCCAGAUUCCCCAGGGUCUGCGCGGUAGGUUCAUCCGCAACGGCCCCAACCCGCAGCUGCCUCCCUCCAGCCCUGCGCUCUACCACUGGUUCGAUGGGGAUGGCAUGACCAAGAACGUGUCCAACAACCAUUUCAUCCUGCACGCUGGUCGCCUCCUCUCCCUCUGGGAAGCAGGCCUGCCCUACUCCCUCAACCCCUCAACGCUCCACACCGAGGCCUGCUCUACUGCCUCGACUUUUGAGUCGACUCAGAAGUCACCUCGCCUCCUCUCUCUCUGGGAAGCAGGCCUGCCCUACUCCCUCAACCCCUCAACGCUCCACACCAAGGGCGUCCACUCGUUUGAUGACACGUGGCGCAGCGGAAUGACAGCUCACCCGAAAGUGGAUCCAAUCACAAACCACAUGAUGAUCUACGGUUACAACCUGACGCACAAGCCAUACCUCCGCUACGGGGUGGUUGACCCCUCGGGCUCUCUCGUUCAUGCCACUGACCUCGACCUGCCACACCCUGUCAUGAUGCAUGAUUUCGCCAUCACACACCACUACAGCAUAUUCCUUGACUUCCCGCUUCGCUUCCAGCUAGACAAGGUCAUUCAGUCACACGGCAAGGCCAAGCCCUUUGUUUUCGACCCUCUGGCAGAUGAGCUGGCGUGUGAUGAGGUGGCACGGCUGCAUGAGUACAGGCUGGACCUGCAAUCCGGAGCAGUGGAGGAGCGCUCCUUGUGCAAGGUCUGCUGCGACUUCCCAUCCAUCAACCCCAAUUUCACGGGUCGCCCGCAUAGAUUCGCUUACUCUGCCCGAUUCACAGCACAGCCCGGCCCAGGCACCACCGUCCCCUCAUUCAACGCCAUCAUGAAGCAUGAUUUUCAGCACGGCACAUAUCAGGUGCAUACCCUCCCACCCGGGAGGUUCUGUGGGGAGCCUGUGUUUGCCCCGUGCCACCACUUCCAGAGCAGAAGCAGGGUGCAGAGCGGUGCAGCGUGGUCAGAUGCAGCUGGAAUGGGUAAAGAUGUGGUGGGACUAGGUGCUGAUGCGGUCGGGAUGGGUGCAGAGGUGGAGGAUGAUGGGUGGGUGUUGGCGCAUGUGUGGGAUGAGGAGGAGAUGCGGAGCGAAGUGAUUGUGCUGGAUGCAAUGAAUCUGGACAAGCUGCCGCUGGCACGGGUCAUUCUUCCCAAGAGAGUACCAUACGGCUUCCAUGGGACGUUUCUUCCUGACUGA